UAUACGUAAUGACUAAUGAGCACAAUACAAUUUCUAAUGGAUAUGUCUCCUUUUGGGGGGAAAAUCCAGGCAGAGUAACUUAACAAAUCACUUAUUUGGCAGGUUUUAGACUCCUUCUCAUUUUAAUCUACACCCAGAUGCCUGAGGGGAAAACAUGCUUACUUCAUAGCUCUGGCUAAGUACAUCUGUACGCCACUGCAUUCAUUUUGCUUCUUCUGUUUCUACAACCACUUGGGAUCUGAAGAGCAGGUACUUCCUUGACAAAACCAAGAGAUCUGUGAAUAUGGGGGCUUUGCUCAUCAUUCUUUUUCAAUUCAUACUACUGCUAGACUUCCUGUACAGCCAGAAAAGCUGUGAAAAUGGAUCCUGUUACCCAUCUAUCGGGGACUUGCUUGUGGGUCGUAGCGAACAACUAACAGCUUCAUCAACGUGUGGACUCACCGGCCCACAGAAAUACUGCAUUAUCGGCUACCUUGAGGAUGAACAGAAAUGUUUCACCUGUGAUUCUAGAUAUCCGUAUCACCCAUUUUUCCAAGCCAACAGUCACUUGAUUGAAAAUGUAAUCACAGAUUUUGAGACUGACCGAAAGAAGUGGUGGCAAUCUGAAAAUGGUGUUGACCAUGUUAGCAUAAGGCUGGAUUUGGAAAAUGUAUUUCAAUUCAGCCAUCUUAUCCUGACUUUCAAGUCCUUCCGUCCUGCUGCUAUGCUGGUGGAACGGUCUGCAGAUUAUGGUCAGACCUGGAAGGUAUAUAGAUAUUUUGCCCAAGACUGUGCUACUUCUUUCCCUGGCAUUACUUCAAAGCCAACCAAAGACAUUGGAGAUGUUAUCUGUGAUUCAAGGUAUUCUGAUAUUGAGCCUUCAGCUGAAGGAGAGGUUAUAUUCAAAGCCUUGGAUCCUAGCUUUGAAAUAGAAAAUCCUUAUGUUCCGUACAUCCAAGAGCUCAUCACUUUUACAAACCUAAGAAUCAACUUUACCAAGCUCCACACACUUGGAGAUACUUUACUUGGACAAAAAUAUCACAAUCCUCUGGAAAAGUACUACUAUGCAUUAUACGAAAUGGUUGUUCGUGGGAGUUGCUUUUGCAAUGGCCAUGCCAGCUCCUGCGGUCCUGUGCCGAACGUGCGGGGUGACGUGUUCCAUCAACCUGGAAUGGUCCAUGGGAGCUGCCUCUGCGAGCACAACACAGAUGGUUUGUCCUGUGAAAGAUGUAAAGAUUUCUACAAUGAUGCUCCCUGGCGGCCAGCAGAAGGAUCACUGGAAAAUGCCUGCCAAAAGUGUGAAUGCAAUGGUCAUUCUGAAAGUUGCCACUUUGAUAUGGCAGUCUACCUUUCCAAUAAUGGUGUCAGUGGUGGCGUAUGCGAAGACUGUCAGCAUAAUACCGAGGGACAACACUGUGAUCAGUGCAAGCUUUUCUUUUAUCGGGACCCACAGAAGGCAAUUUCAGACCCUCAGGCUUGUAUACCCUGUGACUGCGAUCCGGAAGGGACAAUGUACAAUGGGCUGUGUGAAGAUCAUACAGACCCUGUCCUUGGGACUAUUGCUGGUCAGUGCCGUUGCAAGGAAAAUGUUGAAGGUGUUCGUUGUGACAAGUGCAAGCCAAACUACUAUGGAAUGAGUGGCAGUGAUCCUCUUGGCUGUCAAUCUUGCGACUGCAACCCUUCUGGAAGUUUGACUUUCUCUGUUUGCAACCCAGUAACUGGAGAGUGUUUAUGCCAGCAGUUUGCCACUGGGCAACAUUGUGAAGAAUGUAUUCAAGGAUACUGGGGCCUUGGAAGUAAUUUAUAUGGAUGUUCUCCAUGUGACUGUGACAUUGGUGGUGCCUACAAUAACUUAUGUGCCUCUACUAGUGGUCAAUGUGAGUGCCUACCCAACAUAGUGGGUCGCCAGUGUACCAAACCAGCUUCUGGCCACUUUUUCUUACCUUUGGAUUAUUACAUAUAUGAAGCAGAAGAUGCAGCACCACUUCCUGGAUCUUCACUACUGGCAUCUGUUUAUAAGAUUCAACCCACAGCUAUGCCAUGGUGUGAUGUCUAUUUUCGACAAAAAGGUUAUGAUUUCACAAUGGAAAAUGGAAACAUCGUCUUGAACAGGAGUAAGAAGAGAAGCAUAAGGAAAGCAACAGCUGGACAGAGUGCAGUGCUGCUCAACAGGAAUUCUGCACUUGAUAUUGUUAUUAGAGAGUCCAUUCCUGGAAAACCAAUGACAUGGUCAGGUCCAGGUUUUGUACGUGUUCAAAGUGGAACAGGGUUAAGAUUUAUGAUCAACAACAUCCCUUUCCUGAUGGAUUUUAAUAUCAUCAUUCGCUAUGAGCCUGAGUCUCUAGACGAUUGGAUAGCAAGCAUUGUCGUAAAACCUUCUGCUCCUGUAGGAAGUGAACACUGCAGGAGUGAGGCAUCCUUGCAAGAACCACACUCACUGGCUCUCCCAUCUACAGUAAGAAUUGGGUUGCUCACUACUCCAGUAUGCUUAGAACCAGGAAGAGAAUAUUUUGUAGAAGUCUACUUUUCAGAGUCUUUUACUUCAGACUCAAAGACUCGGUCGUCCAUACUGGUUGAUUCACUUGGACUUAUUCCCAGAAUCAGUUCUGUGGAAAACCUUUGUGACCAAAAUGAUUUAAAAGAAUAUCAGCAUUACCACUGCAUUGAAAUAGCUUCAGAAAUUGGACCACAUAUCUUACCAGAAGCAUGUGCCAUGCUAAUAGCAAGUCUGUCUGCCCGUAUUCACAAUGGUGCAGUUCCCUGUAGGUGUCAUCCACAAGGUUCAGUGGACACUAACUGUGAGAAACUUGGAGGCCAAUGUCAAUGCAAACCGAAUGUCAUAGGCCGCUGUUGCGAUAAAUGCUCUGCUGGAAGCCAUAGUUUUGGGCCUCAAGGUUGUCUCUUAUGUGAUUGUCAUCCUCAAGGAUCAGUCAGUGCUCUGUGUGACCAGGUUACAGGGCAGUGUUUGUGCCGACCAGAAGUAGAUGGCCAACAAUGCAGCCGUUGCUUGGCUGGAUACUUUGGAUUUCCCCAUUGCCGGCCCUGUCCUUGCAAUGGCUUUGCAGAACUUUGUGACUCCCAAACUGGAGCAUGCUUGGAUUGUAGAGAUUUUACAACUGGAGACAGCUGUGAAAGAUGUAUUGAUGGUUACUAUGGAAAUCCCCUCAAAAGGGAGCCAUGUCGCCCAUGCAUGUGCCCAGAUCCUCCCACCAGUAGGAGGUACUUUGCACACUCUUGUUACCAAGAUCAUUGGACCAUGCAACUAGUCUGCAACUGUUUUGAGGGCUACUCGGGUAAUCAAUGUGACGACUGCCUCGGUGGAUUCUAUGGGAAUCCAAAAGCAGCAGGCCAAUGCCUCCCAUGUUCGUGCAAUAAUAACAUUGAUGAAGAUGAUCCAUUCUCUUGUAACAAGGACACUGGAGAGUGCCUAAAAUGUUUACACAACACACAUGGACCAAACUGCCAGUACUGCAAACCUGGUUAUUUUGGAUCAGCUCUUCUCAAGAAUUGUAAAAGAUGUGACUGUAACCUUUUGGGUAUACAUCCAGCAGAAUGUGUGUCUGGUGAAGGCCUUUGCAUGUGUGACCAGUCAACUGGAGCAUGCCCUUGCUUGCCUCAUGUGGUAGGCUCCAAGUGUGACCAAUGUGCUCCUGGCUACUGGAACAUGACCCAGGGAAUUGGGUGUCACUCCUGUGACUGCAAUCCAAAGCACUCCCAAAAUAGCCUCUGUGAUCAGGUUACAGGUCAAUGUUCAUGUAAACUGGGCUAUACUGGCAGACAUUGUGAUGUAUGUGAUGAAAACUCUUUUGGUGAUCCUCAGAUCCACUGUAUUUCAUGUAAGUGUAACAAGGAGGGAACCCUGAAGCCCGAGUGUGAUAAAGAAACUGGAACGUGCUACUGCCGUGUUGGGGUCACUGGGCAGUUCUGCGACCAAUGUGCCCGAGGUUAUGACCAGGACUUUCCAUCCUGUGCCCGCUGCCACAUCUGCUUUGAUCAGUGGGAUAAUGUAGUGACUUCCCUAUCUCAUAAAAUCCAAACCUUGAUGAGAUUUGCUGCAACACUAGGAGACAAGGCGAACACAAUGCCAAACUGUGAUAUGGACCUCAGGGGUCACGAAAAUACAAUUUCUGAGAUAGAAAGGAUAUUAAGAAGCCCUAUCAUGUCAUCAGAAGUGCUCUCGGACAUUAAAAAGGAUCAUGAAGACAUUCGACAAAAGGUUUCACAAAUGUAUCAGCAACCUGAUUUUCUGGAUCACUUUCCUGACCUAAGCGGGAUGAUAGAAGACAUAAGGAGAGAUGCUGAUCAGCUGUCUGAAACAUUGAAAAAGAGAAGUGAAUUGCAUCACAAAAUGAAUUAUGUGCAUCUCCAAGAUUUGCUCAAGAAAAUAAGGAAUUAUUAUCGAAUAAUGUUGUCUGCUGGAGAGAGAAUCGAAGGAGCAAAGUCUGUCUUAACAGAUGGAGCAAAAACCCAGAGCAGUAUACUUGCAAUGAUGGAAGAUUUGGCCACAAAAGGAAAUAUUGCGUUGGAUCAGCUGAAGAUGUUCACUACUUCAGAUAUUGAGAAUCUAAAUGAGAAGAUAUGUGGAGUAUCAGAAAACUUGCCCUGUGUUGGGGCAGGUUGUGGAGGAGCCUUAUGCCAAGAUCAGCAGGGGCAAAAACACUGUGGUGGUCCAGGCUGUAAUGGAGCUCUCCCUCUUUCAACAAAUGCCAUUGGAAACGCCAGUCAAGUAGCGAUAUUAUUACAUAACUUGACCAAUCAGAUACAAGGAUUUGACAAUAAGAUUGAAAGUAUCAGAAGAAUGACUGAGGAUACUAAGAAGAAAACCUUACAGAUAAAUGGAGAUCUGGAGGAAAGUAAAAAUCAAAUAGAAAUGGAAGGAGAAAACACUAAAUUGCUCAUCAAAAGACUGAAGAAUUUUCUUUUAGAGGAAAGUGCCCCUCCGGACGACAUAGAGAUGGUAGCCAAUUAUGUUCUGGGCAUCAGCUUGCCAGUGACGCCUCAGGAGUUAACAAAUAUGCUUAAUAAAUUCAAGAGCCUUAUGACACAGUGUGACGACUCUGCAACAUAUGUGGAUGAGUUAAAUAAGCAUGUGGAAGAGGUACAGAAUCUUCUGGAAAAAGCACAAAAAGCUGAGAAUGUCACAAAAGCUCUUUUAACACCUGAUGAAUUGAUAAGAAACUUAGAAGAAAUGGAAAAUAUUCAAGGGCAAACCCAAGAUGACCUCGCAAAGUUAAAUGGAAAAAUAGAAGAAACUAAAACAAUGAUCACAGAGAUUGGGAACCAAACAAAAAGGACUGAUACUGAAUUACAAAACUUUUCAGAAAAACAAUCAGAGCUAGAAGACGAAAUUAUCUCUUUAAACACUAAAAUGCAAAUGAAUGAGAAAAACAUAACAAAUGCAGGAUCAGAAGCAAUGAAUCAGGCUACAGCAACUAAUAAGGAUUUUGCUGAUCUUAAAAAAGAAUAUGUCAAUUUGCAAGAAAAACUCAAAACAAAAGGCCUUCCUUUGACAACUUUAGAGAAAAUGAACCAGUUGAGAAGGGAGGCAGAGGAUCUGGCUAAAGAAACUGAAGAGAAGAUUAAAAGAAUAGCAGAUUUAGAAAAGAAGAUACAAGAUCUGAACCAGAUUGAACAAACAAAGGCUGGUCAGCUGAAACAACUGGAAGAUCAAGUCAUUGCUAUUAAAAAUGAGAUCACCGAGCAAUCAAACAAAUAUGCGACUUGCAAAAGUUAAGAAUCUGAAAUGAUUUACGAGAAAAAUGAACUUUUUGUAGUUAUGUUGUAACCAUGAACAUUUAACAGAUUUUAUUAUUGUCACAUCACUGACUGGUAUUGCGUACUUAUUGCAAGCAGGUGGUGAAUUGCCUUUCUUCCAAGGAGAUAUGCAUAGGUUUUGCAACACGCGUAAGCAGGAGCAUCAGCCAGGCAGCAUAGGAAUUAGCAGGAUCAUAUCUAAGGAUCCAUCUAGCCUCUUGUUCUAGCAUUUGUUGAGCUAUCCUUGACUCUAUACAACACUGCCCACUAUAUGCCCCCCAAAUCAGUCUGCCGAAUCAGGUAUCAUGGACGAACUUAUCUCAAUGCCAGUGUUAAACGACCAGGACAGGCUCUAUAUAUCGAUUGGGCCAAGGACUUGUAACAUUUCUUAACUCACGCAUACUCCUGCUUCACUCAUUGAGUGAAGGGAAAACCUUGACUUGGAGUGAAGGAGCGAAAUAUCUUUCAAUUUUCAUUCCAAAUGUGUUGUUAUAAACACCCAUCUGAAAUCUUGGAGCAGAGAGCAGUAAAAGUUUUAAAUGCAUUUCCCUGCAAUUUCCCUAAUCCAAGUCAUGUUUUACAAUUGGGUUUUUUUGCUUAUGAAAGGAUUUGAUUGUGCUGAUGUGAAUAAAAUACUUAGGCUGGAUCUACACUGCCCUAUAUCCCAGAAUCUGAUCUCAGGUUAUCUUCUUAUUCCAUAUUAUGACAGUGUAGACUCAUAUAAUCCAGUUCAAAGCAAGUAAUAUGGGACUAGAUACUGGGAUAUAGGGCAGUGUAGUUCCAACCUAAGACUGCUUUUAAUCAAAGCUGGAAGUGGAUUUAGAUUAUCAGGUAUAUUGGCUACGGGGGAAAGUCCCAUUGGUAAACCAACAGUAGCUCAGUCUUUUUUCAAAAUAUAAUCUUAAUAAGGUCACAAAUUAACUGUUAUAUGUUUCUUACCGUAUGCACACUUUCAUUUUACAAACAUGGUCCUUUCGUUAUUGUUGCAAGAAAUAAAAGCUCGGAAUGAACUGUGUUUCUUG